UCGGGGAGCCAUUCACUCUCGCUGGGUGGUUUCGGUCCGGUGCGGAGGGAGAGAGACGCGCCGCCGCCAUGGGGAAAAGGCAGCACCAGAAGGACAAAAUGUACAUAACAUGUACAGAAUAUACACAUUUUUAUGGAGGCAAGAAAGUUGAAAUCCCACAGUCCAACUUCAGGCGCCUGCCGUUUGAUCACUGUAGCUUAUCUUUGCAGCCAUUUGAAUAUCCAGUUUGCACACCAGAUGGGACCAUCUUUGACCUGCUGAAUAUUGUUCCGUGGAUAAAGAAGUAUGGAACAAAUCCAAUCACGGGGGAGAAGCUUGAGGCCAAAUCUCUCAUCAAGUUGAACUUCGCUAAGAACAGUGAGGGUAAAUACCACUGCCCAGUGCUUUUCACAGUGUUCACCAAUAACUCCCACAUCGUGGCCAUCAAGACCACUGGGAACGUGUUUGGUUUUGAGGCAGUUGAGCAGCUGAAUAUAAAAACAAAGUCCUUCAAAGAUCUGCUGAGUGAUGAACCCUUUUCUAGACAAGAUAUUAUUACACUGCAGGAUCCCACCAAUCUGGACAAGUUUAACGUCUCCAGCUUUUUCCAUGUGAAGAACAAUUUGAAAGUGACCGACCCGGAUGAGGAAAAGGCCAAGUCAGACCCAUCCUAUUAUCUGAAAAAUGCAAACAUCGAGACCCAGGAGACUCUCUUGGAGCUGUACAAAGAAUUCAAAGGGGACGAUAUUCUGGCCGCCACAAUGAAGGAGCCGGAAAAGAAGAAAGUGGAUAAGCUGAAUGCGGCUCACUAUUCCACAGGCAGAGUAAGCGCCUCUUUCACAUCCACAGCCAUGGCACCUGAGACGACGCACGAAGCAGCUGCCAUUGACGACGACGUGGUGCGCUACCGGUACGUGAAGAAGAAGGGCUAUGUCCGGUUGCACACCAACAAAGGGGAUCUCAACUUGGAGCUACACUCCGACAUGACCCCUAAAACCUGUGAAAACUUCAUUAAACUGUGCAAGAAAAAAUACUACGAUGGGACCAUAUUUCACAGAUCAAUUCGCAAUUUUGUGAUCCAAGGAGGAGACCCAACAGGGACUGGAACAGGAGGAGAGUCGUGCUGGGGAAAGCCCUUCAAAGACGAGUUCAAGCCCAACUUGUCCCACACGGGACGAGGCGUCCUCAGCAUGGCCAACACAGGGCCCAACAAUAACAAGUCCCAGUUCUUCAUUACAUUCCGCUCCUGUGCGUACCUGGACAAGAAGCACACCAUAUUUGGAAGAGUGGUUGGUGGGUUUGAGACGCUCACUGCGAUGGAGAACGUGGAGAGCGACCCCAAAACGGAUCGCCCCAAGGAGGAAAUAAAAAUUGAGUCAACCACUGUUUUUGUUGAUCCGUACGAAGAAGCAGAUGCUCAGGUUGCUAAAGAAAGGGAGAAGGCCCAGCAGGAAGAGGAGGCAAUGAAGGGGGAGAUCAAAGACGUCCCAAAGAAGGAGCAUCACGCACCAAAAACUUACCGUGCGGGGGUUGGGAAGUACAUCAAUAUAGCAGCCAUGAAGCGAGCAGCAGAAGAUGGGCCAUCCACCAGCAUAGUUGCCAAGAAGGAGAAGAAAAGUGGAGGGUUUGGAGACUUCAGCUCUUGGUAGCCCACAAGGGAGGACCAGCUCCAAACCGCCCACAAAUGGAGAAGAUCCGGUUUGCGCCUCUGCUGCUGUCGCAAAAAAAUCAGACCCUCCACAAUAUUCUUCCCCUUCAUAGCAUUUCCCUGGCAGCCGUUUGUCGGUUGUCAAGUCCUUUGGAGAAAGACGUGGCUUUUCGCUGAGUGGCCUGUAAGUCAAGGGUGACUCUGGAAAAUCGGCAGAUUUCAGCGGAGUGUGACCCAAACCGAAGGAAGGAGAGGGGCUCCACUUCACAGUUGAAUGGCUGAUGGACAAGUUUGGGAAGAGAAGGCAGCACUCAGUUUUGAUCGCAAAGCACAAUCCUUCCCAAAUUGUGCCUCCCGGUCCGCCGUUCUGAACAGCUGCCUAGAUGUUCCUGCAACAGCAGCUGGCCUCUGCAACCUGGUGACUUCCCUCUUAGAAAUAUAAUUCCAAGCCACUAUCUUUGCUUUAAAGCAGCGUUUCUCAACCUUGGCAGCUUGAAGAUGGGUGGACUCCAACUCCCAGAAUUCCCCAGCCAGCGUUGCUGGCUGGGGAAUUCUGGGAGUUGAAGUCCACCCAUCUUCAAGCUGCCAGGGUUGAGAAACGCUGCUUUAGAGCAAGUGGUGGAAGAUCCCCAACUGCUGUUUGGUGAGAUGCCUGCUUAAAAAAAGCUACAUCCAUCCAUUCCACAGCUUCGCUCCAGUAUUCCUUAGCUACUGAAGAGCCGUUGCCCCACCUCCUUUGAUCUGCAGCAUAAAGAUAUUCCAGCCCGUUGAGGACACUCUAGGGAAACUCCCCGUGGCUUUAAGCCUCUGGCUCAUUGGCCUAAUCCAGCCAGCCCGUGUUAUCUCAUCCCCUUUGGGGAAUUAAGCCAUCUUCUUUGGGAGCACAGAGGGAUUUCUAGACCCUGGGUGGAGCCUAAUCUUAAACGUGGAAGCCUGUAAGUGAUGCGUUGCUUGUUAAUGGAGAGGAAUACAGGUGGGUGGGUGGGUGGUUGAGCAGAGAAUAGUAACUGGGAAGGGCCUAUUUGAAGAAAGGCAAAACAGCAAGGAAAGGUCGAAGCACCUUCUGCAAACGGCAGCCUGUCAGCAAAAGGGCCAUAUUUUUAGCCCCCUUUUUAAUCACUGCCCUUCAGGUAAACUUUCACGGCGAUGCUUUCGUGCAGUGCUUAGUUCCUUGUCUCCACCACAGUGCAGAGUGCGUCAGUUUGUGUGCUCAGUUGCUGCACCUCAAAAUGGCGCACAGAUGUGUGCAAGGGGUACGGCCUGGUUCAGUCCACUCCUGCAAUUGCAAGCACAUGCCAUCCAGCUUGGGCAUUCUGGGAACCUGCACAUCUGGAGGUCACCAGACCCCUCGAGUUUGCCACUCAACCUGACAAGGCCAGGAAUAGGGGCACUGAGUCUUGGCCCAGCACAAACGUUCUUAUGCCUCUCACAUCCCUGUUUGUAGGUAAUCCAGCAGCAUCCAAGCUAAAGCACAGAAAGUGUUUUUUUUUUUUAACUCCUCCCCACCCACUACUUUUCCUUCUGCGAUGAUCCCAUUGAUGAAUGUUCUCUAGCAGGAGGAGGUCGCCAUCAAAGAUGACAAUCAAUUCCAUUCACUCUCCCAACUAAAACGAGAAUUGCAACUUGUUCUACCGAGCCAACCUAAAAUAGAAGUUGCCUUUGUAUACAGUGUAUGGGGGUCUGUGCUGUCUGGAUAGAGAUUGUGCCCACUGCACCCCAACCAGUCAGUGGAUUUUUCUUGGACUGUUCAGUGAUUUGCUGAGAUUUUUAAAAAGUGUGUGUGUAUGUACACAUACAUCAUCUGAGUAAAUUUGAAAAGUUAUCUUUGAAAAUUAACUCCGGCAACAUUCUUUUGCACGCAAGUUCCCGUGUCACAGAAGUUGUAAACAGGCUAAAUUAUAUGAAAUAUUUUUCAUUAAAGCUUUAUAUUUU